CAAUCGUGUCCUCCUUCAUUCAUUCUUAAUUUUUGCUACUAUAAAUAGUUGGAAGAUAACAUAAAAGGCAUAAGAAUCUGCAAGAAACAAUUAUGUCUAUGCUUGGGGACCAAUCAGUAGCUCCUCAUUCUUUAGAGAAAGAAGCCAUGGCUGCCCAACCCAAACCUCAGAACAGACCCGUUUCUAACAUCGUCAUCAUCGUUGCUAUGCAGACUGAGGCACUUCCUGUUGUCAAUAGGAUCCAGCUCACUCAGGACUUUCACUCUUCGUUUCCGCAAGGGGUUCCUUGGGUCCGUUAUCAUGGGACAUACAAAGAUCUCAAUAUAAACUUGAUUUGGGCUGGAAAAGAUCCAGCAUUGGGGGUUGAUAGUAUAGGCACAAUACCAUCUGCUCUUGUAACAUAUGCUGCUAUUCAAACAUUACAACCAGACUUGAUCAUAAAUGUAGGCACUGCUGGUGGCUUCAAGGCCAAAGGAGCUAGUAUUGGUGACAUUUUCAUUGUAUCAGAUUGUGCUUUUCAUGACAGAAGAAUACCCAUACCUGAUUUUGAUCUGUAUGGAGUCGGUUCACGAAAAGCCUUUGAAACACCCAACCUUAUAAAGGAGCUUAAUCUAAAGGUGGCUAAACUGUCUACCGGUGACUCUUUUGACAUGACACAAGAAGAUGAAUCAUUAAUCAAUGCAAAUGAUGCCACAGUUGUAGAUAUGGAGGGAGCUGCUAUUGCUUAUGUUGCUGACCUUCUCAAAGUUCCUGCAAUUUUUGUAAAAGCUGUGACUAAUACCAUUGAUGGCGAGUUUGGUAACAAACCAUCUGCAGAAGAAUUCUUGCAGAAUUUGGCAGCUGUAACUGCUGAACUUGCUCUGGCUGUCGAACAAAUUAUUAAUUUUGUUAAAGGAAAGUACAUAUCUGAACUUUAACCACUCAAUUUCACCUUUUGAGUUUUUUUAUAUGCAAUGUUGCAUGGUGGGAUCCGAUUGAACACUACUGUUGCUGAUUGGGAAUUAUAAACUGAAGAUAAUGCAGCCCUACCUCCCAUUUCUCUUUUGUACUAUUCUGGCCUUGCAGGCUGUAUAAAUUAUCUGGCAUUCAUUGUAAACAUGUACAAUGGCAACCUUUAAGUGGACACCAUAGUGCAAUAUGGUUGAUUAUUGUCUUUGAAGUUUUUCA